UUUGGAAGUUGAAAAUGUUGAUCCAUAUUAGCCUAUCAAUCAAUUCAGCCCACUGCAUAGAUGGCAACUGGCAACCAUCAAGCAGCAGCCAUAAAUACCCCCACCCUUCCACUUUACAAAUCACCAGCCUCUCUUUUCCUCUUUUACUGUUUUCGGGUUUUGCAUUUUUUCCUUCUUUUCUCCACUUCAAAAUGGCUAAAAUACUUAGCAUUGUGAUGUUGUUCAUUCUCCUCAUGCUUGUUUUACUAGGAGAAAUCCAGGCUUCGAGUCCUGCUUCUCAAAAACAACGACAAGGAAACCAUGCAAAUGGAAUGUAUGGUGCCACCCAGGGCAGCCUUCGUCCUCAAGAAUGUGGUCCAAGAUGCACAGGCAGAUGCUCUGCUACAGCAUACAAGAAGCCAUGCAUGUUUUUCUGUCAAAAGUGUUGUGCCAAGUGCUUGUGUGUGCCUCCAGGCACAUAUGGGAACAAACAAUAUUGCCCAUGCUACAACAACUGGAAGACUAAGAAAGGAGGCCCCAAAUGCCCUUAGAUUAUCAUUUCCCAUUUGUUUCACUGCCCGACUAUCUAUGUUAAUUUAUGUUGCUCUUUACUCAAAACUGCUCCUCGUUCUUAACAUCCAAUUGGCCAAUGACCUUAAAAAAAUA